UGCGUUGUCAUGACUACUACACCUGUAAACAUAUAUUAAUACAUUUUUGAUGACAACAACACAAAUGUUUUGAAUUGUAUUACAGAUAAUAAUAAUAAUUUUUUUUUGUUGAUAAACAAUGUCUGAGACGAGCAGUUCCGACACUAACGGAGACAAUAGUUUUCACUUUAUUACCGAUAAAGAGGUGAUCAAUGGAUCCAAUAAUGCAGUCACAGGAACCACACCAUCGAUAUCGAUGACAUCGUCCACCUCUUCCACAUACGAUCAACAAUUGCCGACACCACCCGAUAUCAGGUCAUUAACUGUCAGUUCGCCGAUUGUUAUAUCAUCGGCUUCUGAAGUUAAACCACCUGAAUCUCAGUCGCCGCCGUCGCCGACCAUUAAUGUCAAUCUCAACGAAACAACAUCAGGCAAUCAAUCGCCGAAAUCGCGAUCAGAAUCAAUGGGUUCGGUGUUUAUCGAUUGGAUUGCAAACAACGAUUUCAUUACCCGAAUGGCUACGAAAGCCAAGAAUUCAGUGGACACAGUGAUCACUACAUUAGAUCCGGGAAUGAAGGAGAUUAUCUGUAAUUCUGGCGGUGAUAUCAAUAUAAUGGUGACAUCGGAUAAGGAAUCAAAGAUCAUACCGAUUCGCGAAGCCUUUCAGAAAGUGUUCGGUAGGGCAACGGUGUCCGGUAUGUCCGCACAAUCGCUUUCCAUUGCCAAUCAACCGGUUGGUUACGAAAAUGGCCGCAAAGCGGCUAAAGAACGCAUUCAAUCGUUACGAAUGAAUACGAGUGCAAUACCGCAAAAUCAAGUGAUUGUGUCCGUCGAAAGUUUCAUUGUUGACGUACUGCCAGACAAAUGGUAUGAAAUGGCUUGUCUAGUAUUAGAAGAUCCAGUGAUGGCCAUCAAUCUUGAAGUAUUUACCCAAUUGACACCCAUACCCAACGAAUGUAUAAAUCAAUUGCGUUUCGAAACACCCAUUGACUACGCUUUUCGGUCGUCCGGCUAUAGUCUAACGGUUGGCGCAGUUAUGUCGCAAAAGUUGAACGUCCAACCGGAGGAAUGGCACGAAUCGUGGAUCGGAAUUCCACGGAAAGAUAUUAUACAGCAAUCGGUUACAGCUAUAGCGCACAUCUAUAAGAAUCGUUUAAUCAGAUGAAAUGACUGAGCUUUUAAUUAUUUAGAUUUAUUUAUUAUUUUGUAUUCAUAUACAGUAUAUAUUUAUAUAUAGAUA